AUUCGGCCACCCCAAAAAUCCCUCCCAGCCACCCCAUUAAAAUCCUACCCUCAAUUUACAAACUAUCACAACAAUUGCAAUUAUCGUCCAAACGCAUUUAUGUUUGGUACACAUGUUCUUUAUUAUACUAUGGUAUCGUAUACCGAAAAUGAAGUCAUUCGAACGCUCGAGGCAAUUAGAGGUGGUACCUCAGUCAAGAGGGCCUCGAUUGAGUUCGGUGUUCCAAGGACUACACUUCGGAAUCGUCGACGAGGUCAACAGGCCAGGGCAAUCGCUUUCGCAGACCAGCAGAGGCUUCCCCCUUGA